UUCCAUCAGUCCAUAGACUUUCAGUCAGUCGUAAAACGAAUUUAGUGGACUGUGUACUGGGUCUAUCUAUCUAUGAUUCUAUUAUUAAAAAUGGCGAAAUAUGGUAUGUGUUUAAUUCAGAUACAAUUUGUGAAAUCAAGAUUGCCGUCAACGAUACUUUCCUGUUAAUGCGGUUUUAUUUCAUUGUGAUCUGAGUGUUCCAUUUAUAAGGAUUUAAUUAUAGUUUUGUGUACUUUUUGUUUUCUAAAUAUGGAUGUAAAUAAGUUAGCCGAAAUCAAAGAUGGCGAUUCGCUGAUAUUAGUGGAAGCGCCAUCUAUAUUGGAUGUGCCAAAACAUAAAUUGGACAGAAGUGUGAGUGUAAAGAAAAAAAGAAGGCGCGGGAAGACCAAAUGGAAAAUCUCAAAGCCAUUUCUCAAAGUGCCCUGGCAGGAUAGGAGGAAGGUCGUCAAUACCAAGCGAAAUAAUCGUUUUCGGAAAUUAGCCUUGUCCAAAACGCAGGCCCCUUUCAACAACAAUCAGUUUCUUAUGGAAAUCCACAAACCAGAGCCAGAAAACAACUUGUAUCUUUUCCGAACUCCGUCUGCUCGCACCAGAGAUUCAAGUUUUAGUGUUGAUUCAGAAGAAAACUAUUUUUAUUCUCUUCCUGAAGACGAAGAAGAAUAUUUGACAAAGGAAUUUUCUAGUGUAUAUGAAGAUGCUCAGUGUGAACGUUUGUCUAAUAUGUCCAAGAAUGAACUCAUUCAAGAGUAUCUACUCCUUGAAGCCAAAUAUGACAAUCUUGUAAAGAGAAACGAACGCAGCAAGCCCAAAGAACCUGAAGACGAAAAAGAUACAAAUGCAACUGACAAGGAUAUGUGUGCCACAGAUGCCGACAGCAUGGUGACCGACCGGGACACAUCUGGUGCUUCUAUCAAUUCAGGUUCCAUGGAUGAGAUUUCAUUAUAUGAUGCUGUGCAACGGUUAAUGGAACAAGAGCAGCAAAUUCGGGAGCUUAAACUGGCAAAUGAAAAGUUGAUACUGGAAAAUAGCCACCUUAGGCAUAACCAAGGCUCGAGUGAGGACUCUGAGAGUGAUAGCUCUUCAAGCUCAGAUAGUUGCAGCAGUUCUAGCUGCUCCAGUCCCGAGCACGCUCCUGCUGCGGUAGAUGGUGCUGGUGACAUUCCAAAUGGGAAUCAUGUUCAUGAAAAUGGGGAGCACACUGCUAACAGUCCAGAUGAUGAGCAACCAGUUGUCAAUGGGUUUCAUAGCCCAACUGAAUAAAUAUAACAUGAUCAUUCCAUAGUUUUCAUAGUAGCAAUCUUGUUGCAUGUUUUCUGGGUUCAAUCCCCACCCCAUUGGCGUAUUGUACCCACUACGAAUACAGUCUUUCCUGACUAGUUGGAGGAGACUGGGAAUAUUGGUCAUAUGUAUUAAAAAAGAUAGGGCAAAUUUUUUUAAAAAAGAAAUCUGGUAGUCACAUUUAACUGGCAGAGGAAAAGAGGGAAGUAUGCCCCACACUUUAUUUUGUGUACUAGAAAUAAAUAGUUGUUGAGUUUUACAAAAUUAUAGACACUUCAUGACUUUAUAUCUUACGUACAACAGCCAAACACAAAUGGCCAAGUGCGGAAAAGGCCCAGGAAAGAAGAAGAAGACUUUAUAUCUAUGAAAUUUUAGAAGUUAGCUUGUUUAUUUCUUAAAAAUAUGUUUGCUACCGAAAGCUAUGGAAUAUUCAUAUCAAUAAUAAUUUAUGUGAUAUGUUGUCAUUAUUUGUCUUAAGCAGCAAUUAGUGUUCAUACCAUUAAUAUAUGAUUAUAGUAUGUAAGUCUGUUUGUUGCUGUACUCUUAUAUGUCAUAGAUUGUAAGACUGCUACUGUAUUGCAAAACUUGUGAUAACAUUGUAAUUGUUGGCUGAAUAUAUAUAUUACAGUUAAAAUGGAUGAAAUAACACAUUCAGGGAGAUGAUUUGGGAACAUAACUGCAGACAAACAUGUAAAUAAACAUUACAGUCAUUUAUGUCAUGGAAGUUUCAUGUCAUAGAGUUCGGGUAGAUGGCAUGUACAGCUUGUGCGGAUUAACUUGACACCUGGUUUGAAUGAUGUUUUUACUGUAUUUGUAUGUGUUUGGUAGCCAGGUGUCAAGAUAAUGUUGACAGGUUAUAAAUAGUAGUCUACUUUUAAAUCACACUGGUUACAUCAAAGUUUGGCAAUAGAGUGGUUUUGGGAAUGUAAUUGUGAGAUCUCAUCUUAGAUUUAGUGGAACAUCUGUGAUAUCCUUGUGGAUGUUUUGUUAGUAGUAUAAAAUUGGUUGUGCUUUUUGCUUUCAGGAUGUUUGGUUAUUAAUAUUUUAUGGGAAUCUAAAGCCUGACAGUACAAAGUGAAUUCAAAAAUUUAACUAGGCAAUAAAUAUAUCAUUUCAUAAAGUAAAAGACAAAUGUUGCUUGAAUGGAAUUAAUACUGAAAUGUUGAAUUCAUUAGAAUGAUUUAAACUAAAACUUAAUUUCAAAUCUUUGAUGACUUGAUGAGUUUAACUUAAUCAGUAUUGGUCCAAGAAUUCCAAAUCACCAUUAUUUUGUAACUAACUCCCAUUUUAUGUAUAGUUUGUUUGUUUUUAAAUUAAAUCCCUAUUUCUAAGCUCAUAUAAAACAAAGCCUCUAUAAAUUUAAAUUUUUUAUAAUAUGUAUCUUUGUUAAUUUUGGAGUUUGGAGAUAUAGACACAGACAGACAGACCAUCCGAUCUAGUCAUGUUUGAAAUUAAUAUUGUCGAUCCAAAUAGAAGAUACCGACGAAUUGAGAACAUUCUCCUUUUUUAUGUUGGUUAUUAAUGCUUGGUAAUGAUGUUUGUUAUCGCUAGAUCAUAUUGUGAAGUAUUUUUUUCCAUUUUUCAUUGUUUUAAUUUUAUUUCAUUUAUUUGUUUCAAUAUGGCUUUGCAAUACAUUUAGCCAGUCAUCAAGUAAUAAUUUUUAUCAAAUAAAUCAUUAGUGCGAAAGUGGUCAAUAUAGUUGUUUGUUUUAAUAAUCAAAGUAAUGGGAAUAAAGUUUUAGCAAUUGUUGAAAGAAAAUAGGUAUGUAACAUGACUAGAGAACGGAGAUAAAAAUUGUCUAGUAAUUGCUAUUAAUAGUGUUUCUUAUGAAACAUUGCAAAAUUUAUUAAAUUAAACUUGCAUUAAGUUUUGCAAUGAAUAAGUAAGGAAUAAGAAGAUUUCAGACAUUGCAACUAUUAAUGCAAUAUGCUCGAUGUGUCAUUAGGUACUAAUUUUGCAUAAUAUUUCAAGUGAUCUAAUUGGGUAAGAGAAUGAAAAUAAGAGUUUGAAAUAUUUAUUAAAAAUUGUUGUAUUUCACAAUGGGAUAUGAGAGUAUGGAAUGGUAUAGUUUAAAAUAAUAGUAUAAAUGUAAUGCGCACUAUCCAUAAAAUGGAUCUCACUUUUAUAUUUACACAGGACAAGGAAAAUAGGUACAUAGAAUAUGCUUAUAUAGAUUUAUGACUAAUAUAUUAUUUGUUUGAUUGAAAUAAUAUAAUAUUUGUUAUGUUGUGUCAAAGUGGCAUUAAGAUGUUAGUAUUGUAAAAUAGUGUUUAAGUGUAAGUGUCAACACUAAUACAUGCAUAGUUCACAGCACAUUGCUAAAAGCUCAAAUGUAAAAUGAUGAGUAAAUAACAUCAUAUCUGUAAACAAACUAAGGUGCAGGCCUGGGACUCUUACCAAAUAAAUGCCUUAUCUACUUGUAUCAUUGACAUUUAUGUACAUGUGAUAACUGAUAAGUAUUUAGUAUCUAUCAAUGAUAAGACAAACAAAUAUACAAGUAAGUGAAGCAUGAGGUCCUUUUGGCCUAUUCACUGUCCAUUAUUAACAUUGAACUCAUUCAUUUCUUAAUUAUUCAUGAAUUAUCAUCAGCUGAGAAAUGACAUCUACCUACUGUAUGAUAAACAUGAAGAGUUGUCAGUAGGCACCUAUUGACAUUUGUUGCAUAGAAACUCAAUUUCGUAUAAGUCAACUAACAUACGUCAAGUUCGUGAAUUUGCAGGCUGACCCUUGUUAUUUAUAAAGGCUGAGGGUUUUUCAGCACAUGCUACAAGACAGACUUAUCCUGAGUGAGGAAGGGAAGAUUCAUUAUAGUCUUUAUAAAUAGGCUACCUCCCAAAGCUACCAUGAUUCAAGCUUAGGCUGACGAACUUUCAACUUUUAUAAAAUAACGAAUGUCUAGCCAUCAUAGACCAGUAUUUUUUAUAUACUCAGAGGCACAAUUAUCCGCCCAUUUUAGUAUACUUGCGCUUAUUAAAGUGGGCGGAUAAUUGUCUCUGAGUAUAUAUGUGUGUGCUUAAACUAUGCAUUUUAUGGCAGUGACACCCAUAAGUCGGGGAUAAUUUUAAGCAGUUUUUUUAGAAUUUUAGACAAUGCAAUAGAUUGCAUUCAUACAUUUUAAUGUGUAAUCGCAUAAUUCUAUGUAUAAGUUGUAAGACAGGCACAAGUAAAAUAUAUUUGGAUUUAUUUUUAAAUGUCCUACAACCACACAUAAUUAUACAGCAUGAUAAGGAAACUGUUAUCUGAAAAUAGCAUAGCAACGUGUUGUAAACAUUGUACACAUAUGUGUUUUGCCACAAUUUAAUUAAAUAUGUAUGUAUACACAAGUAUUUGAAUAAAUGUAGUAGGUACAAGAUGCAGUUAAUACACGACUUUGAUAAACAUCUGCUUCAAGGUUUACCUUUUACCAUUAACUAGCUGACUUCGCGCGGUUUCAUCCGCGUAGUUCCUAUGUUGUUCCUAAUGGGCUAUCUAACACUGAAAGAAUUUUUCAAAUCGGACCAGUAGUUCCUGAGAUUAGCGCGUUCAACCAAACAAACAAGCAAACUCUUCAGCUUUCUAAUAUUAGUAUAGAUAAUGUGUGCAUUUUCAAAUAUUUUUUUUAUCAAGUCAAGUUUUAUAUGACCUUGGAUUCUUAAAUGCCAGAAUCAGCACCUGGUUUGUUUAUUUGCAUUUAAAUGAUAGGUUUUUAAAAGUUUUUAAGCAUAAAAUUAAAUGUAACAGUUUUUUUAUCAUGUAAUUGUUUAGUAUAAGAUAUUUUGGUAGUUUUAUAGCAUGCUUAAAGUAAAAUCGAGGAUGAAGUUACAAUCCAUUUGAAUAUUAAAUUGUGUUGUGUAGUUUUGCUUACCAUAUUUUAUUUAUAGAAUACCAUAAUUCAUUGAAAGGUUUUUAGAGUGAGUCUAUUUUAUGUUUAAAUAUUUUACAACUUACAUUAAGUUUAUCUUUUCUUGUAUAUCUUAAAAAUAAAGUAGAAUAUUGAUUCUUUUUACAA